AUGGGCAAUAAUACUUAAGUAGCAGGUCAAUUGGAUGAAAAAUAGACUAAUCGAGAUUAUUUGGAAGAGGAUGAAGUCGAUCUUUGGAAAUUUUGGAGAUGGCCUAAGUACUUUGAUCGUCUAUUCUUAGAUGAAGCUUUGGAGGACUAAAUGGUCUAUGAGUACUCUCCAUUGAAUCAUGAUUUCAUGUGCAAAUGUAUAAGCAAUACUGAAUAAUCAAGCAAACUUAAGAAUCAAUUAAAACUCCUAAAUAAAUAAGAUAAUAGAAGUGACAAGGAUAUGCUUAAAUAUAUUGAACAAAUGAAAGUCAAUGGCCCUUAAUGUGGUGUUAUCAGGCAAAGAAGGAAAAAUGUUAUAAAAGUUGAUUAGGAAACCCAAACUGAUUUGUAUUACGAGGAUUCUUCGAUUGAUGAUUUGCACAGUACUAAAUCAUCAGAAAUUACAGGCAUUAAUGAUCAUCUACUGUGCUCGUCGUUUGAUUCUUAGUCUCUGAAAGAUUGA